AUCUUUGAUCUGUUCAAUAAUUCUACGCAUCAAGAAAUCUUUGUCUGUUUGUACCGACAAGGCUAAUGAUGGUGCAGGGCAUCUUCCUCGAUCUUUCAUUACCUUUUUCUUAAUUACUUUAAAAUCUUUGCAGCUUGGAACUCUACAUGAUUUAUUUCUUCUGCUAUCAAGAAUUCUUGGCCACAUAUAUGUUCUUACCAAGAAUAGUCCCAUUCUUUUCUUAUCAAACUGUGUGUUCAAAAAUCUUUGCAAUAUGAGCUGAACCUGAAAAUUGAAAAGAUCAGCAGCUCAGCACAACAUCUCUGUAUUCUUUCUUAUCCCACACUGCUUCGUCUGCUUUAAUUAGUUUCACAUGCAAGUGUUCAAUCAUCAGAGCUAAGCAUCACGAUUGUGGAGUACUUUUUGCUCCAAGGACUAGAUCGUGGACAUCAUUGUAUAGCAGAGGAAGGAAGUUUUGACUCGUGGAUUAGUUUUUGCAUGUUCUAUGGCUUCUUCUUCUUCUCCUCCUCCUGCGCAUGCCUUUAAGUAUGAUGUCUUCCUUAGUUUCCGAGGGGAGGACACCCGCAAUACUUUUACCAGUCAUCUUCAUGCCGCUUUAAAGCAGAAGAAAAUCGAAACCUACAUAGAUUACGAACUUGUGAGAGGAGAGGAAAUUGCACCGGCCCUUCUCAAAGCAAUAGAGGAAUCGAAGCUUUCGGUGGUCAUUUUGUCACAAGACUAUGCUUCUUCAACAUGGUGCUUGGACGAACUUGCUCAUAUUUUGGAAUGCAAGGAAAGACACGGACAGAUUGUUAUACCCAUUUUUUACAGAACAGAUCCAUCACAUGUACGCCACCAGAGGGAGAGUUAUGCAGCUGCAUUUGUUCAACAUGAAGAACGUUUCAAGGACAAGGUGCUCAAGUGGAGGGAUGCUUUGACAAAAGCAUCCAAACUAGCUGGGUUUGAUUCACGCAGUAUCGGCCUUGAAUCCGAAUUAGUUGAGUUAGUUGUCGAAGAUAUUGUGAUGAAGAUGAGUAGUGAAUGCUCAAGCAAUUUAAAGGGUCUGGUUGGAAUUGAAAGUCGUAUCCAGCGACUCGAGUCAUUGUUAUGCAUUGAUGUAGAAGAUGUUCGUGUUCGCACUGUUGGUAUUUGGGGUAUGGGUGGUGUUGGCAAGACCACCCUUGCUGAUGUUGUAUUCAACCAACUCUCAUCUCAAUUCGAAGCUUCCUGUUUCCUUGCUGAUGUCAGAGAAAAAUCUGAGAAACAUGGACUAGACGAUUUGCGAGAUAAACUUUUUGGCAAAUUAUUGAAUGAUGAAAGUCUAAGGAUCGGCACUCGAUCUAUAGGAUCAACUUUUAUCAACAAGAGGCUCUCCCAUGCAAAGGUCCUCGUUGUGCUUGAUGAUGUGAAUGAUGUUAGCCAACUAAAAACUUUAGUUGGUGAUCAGGUUCAAUUUGGACCAGGAAGUAGAAUCAUUAUAACAACUAGAGAUAUUCAUCAACUUAGAGAGAUGCAACAACUGCAUAAAGGAGCUGACCAUGAUGUUGUAAUAUACGAGGCAGAGGAACUAAAUGAUGAUGAAGCACUUCAGCUCUUCCACUUGAAUGAUUCUGAGGAAAUCAGUUGCGGAGCAGAAUAUACCGAAUUAGUGAGAACGGUGGUGCAUUAUGCUGCGGGAAUUCCCUUAGCCCUUCAAAUAUGGGGUUCCUUAUUUCGUCGAUGCAAGAGCACACAAGAACGGGAAAGUUUCUUGAAAAAGUUGAAAACGUUUCCUGAAAAGAAACUUCAAAAUGUGUAUAGGAUAAGUUAUGAUGCAUUAGGAGAAAAUGAGAGGGAGAUAUUUCUUUAUAUCGCAUGUUUUCACAAAGGAGAGAAUGUAAAUAGAGCAAAAGAACAAUUGGAUGCAUGUGGAUUAUUUGCGGAUAGUGGAAUCAACAUUCUCAUUGAUAUGUCUCUGAUAUCAAUCAAAGACAAAUGGCGGACAGAAAAAACUGGUUACUUGUGGAUGCAUGAUUUGAUACAAGAAAUGGGUUGGGCAAUUGAGCGUGAACAACAUCCGAAGCCUGGAAAGCGUAGAAGGCUGUGUACCCCGGAGGACAUCUGUCAUGUGUUGGAAAAGAAUAAGGGGACUGAAAAAGUUCAAAGCAUAUCCCUAAACCUGUCUCAGAUUACAAAGCUAAACUUGACUCCUCAAGCCUUCAAAAAUAUGUGUAAUCUAAAAUUUCUGAAGUUAUAUGGUGAAGAUCGCUCGGGCCACUACUACUACCCUUGGAAUGACUGCAAUGUGCACCUUAAUCUUCACAAUCUGGAAUAUCUUCCUGAUUCCCUUAUAUAUCUCAGCUGGCCUGCAUACACUUUGAAAUAUUUGCCAUCAACAUUUUCUGCUGAGAAUCUGACUGAGCUUUCUAUGCCUGGUAGCCAACUACAAAAACUUUGGGAUGAAGGCCAGAAGCCUAGGAACUUAAAACGCCUCAAUCUCAGUUAUUCUGAGCAGCUGGUUGAAGUUCCAGAUCUCUCUAUGAGCGUAAACAUUGAGAGGAUAAACCUUGGAGGCUGUAAAAGGCUGGUUGAAAUUCCUUCCUAUUUUGAAAAUCUUCACAAGCUUACUUCAUUGAAUGCGACCAAUUGCUCGAAUCUUAGUGUUCUCUCGGAUAUGCCAUGCAAUAUGGUUUGGCUGGAGUUGGGUAGGACUGCAAUAGAAGACUUGCCUUCAUCAAUUUGGUCCCUUGAAAAACUUGUUGAAUUGAAUCUUGACGGGUGCGAGGGCAUUAAGAAACUUCCAAACAGCAUUUGGAAGCUGUAUUCCCUCACAAGUCUUAAUUUGUCUGGGACAAGUAUAGAAGGAUUGCCCUCGUCAAUCGAGUGUCUCUCUGGGUUACAAUUUCUUGAACUGCAGAAUUGCAAAAGGUUUGUCAGUCUCCCAACCAGCAUUUAUAAGUUGAAAUCUCUCAAGACCUUUUAUCUUUCUGGAUGCUCUAGCUUGGAAAACUUCCCUGAGAUCUUGGAGCCUAUGGAACUUCUGGGGAAUCUUAGUUUAGCAGGAACCAAAUUUAAAGACGUAGUUGGGCGGAAGGAAUUAGUGUUACCUGGGUGUAGAAGCUUUGAGUCUGUCCCAAACAGCAUCUUGCCUCCGUCGUCGGUCAUUUUAUGGUCUUGGAUGAGUAGGCUAGACCUCAGUGACUGCACAAUGUUAGAAGAAAUCCCUGAUUGGAUCUUUAGCCUAAACAGGUUAUCUGAAUUAUAUCUGCGUGGAACCAUGAUUAGGAGCAUACCUUCAACCAUCAAUCAAGCAUCCCGGCUGAGUAUAUUAGAUCUACAGAAUUGCAAGCGCCUUGAAUCUUUACCCAAGCUCCCAUAUCUUCUAGAACGGAUAUUUGCAAGUGGCUGCAAGAGAUUGAAGACAGUGUCUGGGUUCACGACUGCACUCACAGAACGUUUGGAUCGAAGAGUUCUUUCAAAUAUAUAUUGGAAGCAUUUAUUUGAUAACUGCGUAAGUUUGGAUGAGAAUGCAAGGAGGAACAUAAUGGAUUAUGCACAUCUUAGAAAUAAGGCAACAGCUCAUCAUCCGGGUCCGUACCUAAUGAACUACAAAGCAAUAUGUCCGGGAAAUGAAAUUCCACAAUGGGUGAGCAAUCAAAUGGAGGGGUCUUCGAUAGAUAUCAAGCUUCCUCUACAUUGGUCUGCAGAUGCAAACUUUUUGGGUUUAGCUUUCUGCGUUGUUGUUGACUUCUCUAAAGCAGAAAAUAAGAUAUGUUCGGGCGAAUCCAUUUUCAAAACCGAAAAUGGUGAAAGCCAUACCUUUAGCAGCAAUUUUGAGAACUGGUUGAUCGAUUGUGAUGACGACAACUCAGAUCACCUGGUGUUGUGGUACGAUUCCCUUGAGGAGGUGAGGUCCACUCCUUAUUCCAAUGCCACUCAAGCCUCUUUUCAUUUCUUUGUAUACAGCUUCAGCGAUGAUGGAAAGCAGCAGCGCUCGGUUGAGAAUCCGGUGAAAAGGUGUGGGGUGGGCUUUAUGUAUGCUAAGGCCGAGACCGACAAAAAAAAAAAGAGAAACCAGAGAAUAAAAGAUGUGGAAAUCAAUUUAUUAAAGGGGUCUCCCGGUCCAGAGAAACCAGAGCCGUUUAAAAGAUGUUAUUUAAAGGGGUCUCCCGGUCCAUCAAUUUUUUAGGCCUCGGAAAUCAAGUACGGCCCAACAAACACUGUCUUUGGUCCGAGACGAUAGACAGACCCAGUUUUUCAGUUGAUCAAGGAUGAAAAUCUGCUGCAGCGCGGCGUAGGUGGCGACUGGCGAGGGCUUUGGGGGUGAAGGUGGGGCAAGACGAAGUCGUAGGCCCUUGUGAACCUGGCCGGUCAAGUAAAUGAGGUUGUGCUUCCCGAAGCCGAAGUUCUAAGCCUUGCUUGAUGAAGUUAGAUUUUUGAUAAGUUCUUUUCAAUCUUGUAGUUGGAAUUUUGUUUUUCUAGAAUUUGUAAUAAGAUCGCACAUUAUGUGGCUAGAGGCCUAGAGCCUCGAUCUUGUUAACUUUUGCAACCUAUUGGUGGAGAAUGACGCUUAAUUGGCUCGCUCCAACACUUGCAAAAGACUCUUGAGUUGAGUAAUAGUGUGGUACUCCACAUAAGUGUUAUUGGCCUGGUUUGAUGAGGCCACUAUA